CAUGCACGCGCGCGCACGCACGCACGCGCCCACACUCACAAACAGUAGCGUUAAGAGAAAGCUGAAGUUCAUCUCUGUCAUCAUGUCUGGAUCUUUAGAUGAAACUCUGCACGGCUCAUGGGUGGAGGUGGAGGCGGGUCAGAAAGGAGGACCACCAGCAUCAGCAUCAGCAUCGCUCCUGCAGGGGGAACUAGAGAGGAUUCUUCUGGAAGCUCAGUCGGACUGUGAGAGAGGUCACAAUGAAAGUCCUCCUCAGGUUGGGGUCCUAAACACAUCUGGAUCUCCUAAAGCAGUCAGUGAGGGCGGCAGCAGUAGCACAGAUUGUGUUACUAUACAGUCGGAUGAAAGUGACAGAAGAGUGAGUGCUGAAUGGGUUUGGGAUUGGUCCAGCAGACCUGAGAAUCUUCCACCAAAGGAGUUUGUGUUUCAUCACCCAAAGCAGUCCAGUUCUCUGAGUGUGAGGAAGACUGAGGUGAUGAAGAGAGGCUUGUUUUCCUCAGAUGUGCUCCUCAUCCUCCUCCCCUCUCUGUUUGUCUCUCAUGCACUGACUCUGGGUCUGGGAAUAUACAUAGGAAAACGUCUGGCAUCCUCCUCCGCCAGCACGCUGUGACAUGUGACCUACAGCAGCUCUCUGAUUGGCUGAGACCUCUGCCUCUAGCACUGUAGCUUAAUCUGUUCUCUACACAUGAUGGGGCAAAAUAAGAGCGAGAGCGAACAGUCCCUUUAGCCCCGUCUGUCUCUCCUAAAGCUACACCAUAUAUUCUUCGUGUGUCUCCAUAGACUUAUUUGCCCAUCUGAAUGUUGUUGUAGUAAUUUGCAUUUAUUGUCAGAUUGCAUAUAGGAAUGUGUCCAACCAAUACACUUAAAUGACUAAAAAACAGCAGAGAUGAAGACAGAAAGACGUGAAUGAAUCAGUGUUUGGUAGCAGAAGUCGUUCAGUUUCAGUGAGGAUUGAUGGAAACAUCUGCAACAGCUUGUUAUGGUAUGCAAAUGAGCAGUGACACAGUGUGGUGAACAUUGCAUUACAGCACAUGUGUGAUUUCUGUCGUGUAGGCAAUAUGAAGAUGUUUAUAUUACUGUGAGUCAAUUUAAUGUUGCUGCCUGAAUGCUGGGGCAGAAAAAUGCACAGGGAAAUGUCACAAUUGAGUUUGAUUUUUAUUAAUUAUCAUCACAUCAAUAAACUAGUUUGUAAUGUAAUGCAUUAUGCCCUGCUGUAAGUUAUACAAGCUUUCUUAUACAGAAGACCAAUUUUAUUAAGUAAAUGCCCUAAAUGACCAACAACAGUGCAAACAAAACAAAGACAAUCAGUUUUGGGGGACCGUUUUUAAGUCACAUUGAAUGAAAGAUGUACGUUCUGUUCUGUUUUGGGGUUAAUGUUUAUUGACAUUUCUGUCCUGUAAGUCAGUUCAUGUAGCAAAAAAUGACAAACAUCAAUUUCUUGUUUUAAAUGACUCCUAAUAAACAUCUCUGUAAAACUUA